AUGCGGUAUAACUCGGAGAGCGGUUACGAAGGAUACGGAUUUGAUCCCUUACAAUCCAAUGAGAUGAAGGCAUGUAGCCCCCCCACGUCCCUACUUCGCGAACAUCGUGCUGAUCACGCUUCACAGACUUUCGAGGACGAGUACGAAAUCACAACGCGCCUUUUGGGAUCGGGCGGUUACGGAAAGGUGCAUAUGGCGUACGACAAAGCGACCGGGCAGCAAUUCGCCUGCAAGAUAAUCGACCUACAAGCCGCGAAGUCUAGAAUCUACGCUCGAAUGGCAGAAGUACAGUCGAGGGUGUUGGAUGUUACCCCACGGACGGCAGGAUGGGCCUUGGCUGUCCGAGAGCAGAUUGCGAGAAAGGCCCAGGAAAAACUUCGACCCUACAUCUGCGAAGCCGAUAUUCUCCAUGGUCUCUGUCAUGUGGUAGUUGCUUUGGAUUAUCUGCACGAUCAAAAUAUCGUCCACCGGGACCUGAAGCCGGAAAAUAUCCUCAUAACGUCUUACGAUAUUCGUUCCAGAGUUAUCCUCUCUGAUUUUGGGUGUGCCAAAAUAGUGCAGCCUGCCUCUGGACGAAUGUCUACGAUGGUCGGCACAUUCGACUACAGCGCGCCAGAGAUACUGCGAUGCGGUCAGAAUGGAUAUACGAAGAAAGUAGAUAUGUGGUCACUGGGCUGCCUCACCUUCCUCCUCCUGACGGGUUCCAAGGCUGUUUUCGCACCCAAGAAGGGGGGCUCACCGCAGUUGAGCAUGGAGACGAACUAUGACAAUGUCGACAAAAACCUCAGAGACCACGGCGUCAGUCCCCGAGCCUACGAUUUCGUUAGUAAGCUUCUCAUCGUUAUCCCGGAAAUGCGGAUGUCUGCGAAGGAGGCGCUUCGGCAUGAUUGGUUUACCAACAAGUAUCAUGCGAGGAUCUUCGAAGGAGUAUAUCGACAAUCGAUUGAAGAUUGGAGACCCUUGCCCCGCAAGGAACCAUUCAUAAUAGAUCUCGACAACCUAGGCACUCGGCGCCGGCAAAACAACCCGAGACCACUUCUUGCUCCGGCCUUUAAUGACGUGGGAAGCCCUUCAUCGGAACCAUUUGAUUCCCAGUAUUCUUACAGGCCAUCUCAAGCCGCGUCAUCUACACUUUCUGACCCAAUACUUCCACCAUACAAUCGAGCGGGCAAUGUUGAGACAGACGCCUUGCAGGCUAGGCCACAUAUGGGCAGCCAAUAUUCGGUCGGUUUGCACACCUUGGAAUUCGAUAUGGAUGAGAGUGCCAUUUCCACAAAUCUCCAUACUGGUCGCAUGCCGGACAGCUGGGUGGAGUAUGAACAGUCGACUUCAGGGUACCAUCGGGAGGAUAGCGCUAGCAUGGAAAUGAGGAGCGACUCCUGCGAAAGCUGCAAUACUGAGUGUGCUUAUAUAGAGCAGGAGGCCCGCGAGGUGAUUGACAAUAUCACCAGGUCAAGUCAGCAUGUUUCAUACGGAACCGGAGAUUUCGUGUAA